CUGACGAUAUAUAGGUGGUACAAAGGCAUUCCCACCCGGACGCGCAUGCUCGUAGGCGUCGGCGUCAUGGGUUACGCCGCCGCGGCCAUGUUCGUCACCGACCGGCUCGAAGAGAAGAUGGGCCUUGUGCCUACCGAGAAGGACAAGGAGGAGCUCAACAGAGCUAUCCCCAAGAUCACUGUGGUCGAUAGG